AUGACCAUGGAUGCCGCGCGGUCCCUGGCGGUGCAGCUCGUGCUGAGCCCAACGCAGCGAGUUGGCGAGAAGUGCGGCUUCAGGAUCUUCCCCGGCUCUGCGUCGUCCUGCUUCAAGAUGAUGAUGCACUUGGUGCACCCGGACAAGUGCACGGACCCCCGCGCUGGAGAGGCCUUCGGUGAGAUGCAGAGCAUGAAGAGCUUGGCGGUCGGCAGUGAUCCAGACGCUACUCGCCAGCGGCCCCUGACUGAGCUGGAGGGGCUUCUGCACCGCGCGCUGUGCAAGAUCCGAGAUCCGGUGGAGACCGCCGCAGAGGUCAUCAAUUUCUGUGACGGCCUUCUCCGUCGGCGCAAGCGCCUUGAGAGAUCUGUGUGCCAGGAAGCCUUGGCGAGGCUCCAGUGGCUCAACCUCAAUGAUGCCAACCUCGAGGAAGCUGAGUCGGAUAACCUAAAACACCAUCGCCUUGUUUGGGAGCGGACGGACGUGUUCACCAUCAGCAACGCUCUGCAGCUCGACGCCGUGCGGCGAUGCCCCGACCACAGUCUCUUUGAUGUGCUGAUGAGCCUGUUCCAGCGCUCUGUGAAUGUGGACCAGGACGGCGUUGGGUGGAUUCCCGUGCUCCUGCGCCCAGGCCGCACCGCGCCUGGGCUGAAGGGGCGGAUCUUCUCCGGCAUCGGUCGGGUGCCCGCACAGGAGGCGCCUGCCAAAAAGCGCAAAGGCAAUGAGGGCGCCGUGGAUUCCGCUCGGGCAGAGUUCAUGAAGCAGCUGCCGCCGGAGAUUCGCAAGGAGAUCGAGAUGGGGGUCCCAGACACGAUUGUGGGGCGCUCUGCGUUUGCCUUCAAGAAGUUGGUCCGCUACAUUGCGCGGCAUCGCCUUGGAACCGUCGAGCUGGACAUCAAGAACUCGUUCUUCCAGCUCUCGAACCGACAGAAGCCGCUGCCGCCCAUCAUGGCGGAGUACCUGGACCACCGUGAGGAGAAGCUCGCGCAGAUCGGCCGCGUGCUCUUCCACAAGCUGCCCGAGGCCCGCCGGCGCAGCGUGGCGAAGGAGCUGAUGAGUGCCCUGGGCUUUGGGGGUGGUUUCGCAAACUGGACGAGCAAGGUGCUGCAGGACAUACCCUUGGCUUCGGAUGAGGGGGAGCGCGGCGAGGUGGCUGCUUGGCUCUACGGCUUCGAGACGGCGGCGCGCCUCUACCACGUGGCCGUUUUUGAGCUGCUGCCACAGAAGGCCAAGGACUGGCACAUGGAGCUGGGCCGCUCCACUGCCUCGGGGGCCUUUGCCCUGUACGCCCACCACGAGAGGUUGCAGAUGGAGAAGAUGGCGGCGGCAGCGGGCAGGGCCUUCAACGACCACCAGCACGACGGCAUCGGGGCCCUCCGCUCCGCGAGCGAGGCCGUGAAGCGAGCCGUGGAUGUCGAGGUGGUCGUGCACGAGCUGGAGGACCCGUGGGCAUUCGCGGCGGCGAAGUACCCCAACUUGGAUUGGAGACUCAAGUCGAAGAUGGAGUUCUCCGGGUACCACCAACUGCUCCAGCGCUGCAGGCAGCACGUCAUACUUGGACGGGCGAGGGCACACACCGUGGACUUUGCGAAGCUGGCGGCGGCGCAGCUGGUCCCGGUCGUACACGUUCCGGUGGAGGGGGGUGAGAAGAGGACCACCUACGAAAGCUUCGAGAAGGGAGGCUUCUGGCUGGUGCGAAACCGGGACGACUUGGGCCAGACGGUGGAAGACCUGAUGUGCAAGAUGUGUUGCCCGGUCUUCGAGACAGCCGAUGAGAACUACGUACCGCCGCCGCCCCUCAACGAUAAUGCCUUCUUCACCGGUCUGUCCUCGUCCGUUCUGGGGCGUCUGGCAGGCCCGCAGAUGGCGGACCUCGACGGCGACGAGACACGGCACAAAAUCCUCUUUUGCGACGGCAUGCUCUACGAUUUCAAGGAGCGUGCGACCUCAGAGAUGUGGCAGCCGAGCAAGGCGACCAAGCUCUUCGAGCACAUCCUGGCUUUCUUGAAGGAGCAUCUGGAGACGGGGGUGUGUCUGCUCGAGGCCAGCGAGAAUGGCAAACAGGUCAUCGAGUGCUUCGAGGAAUUGGAGCAGGACGGGUGCGAGAUCCUCCGCCACAUGAAGGUGCACGGGGACUGGGACUCCGUCCUUUACGAGCUGCGUCUCAUGACCAGGGCCAUCUCCGCGACGCCGCGGUUCUGCGAGAUGUACUACAUCUAG